GGCCUAUUUCUGUGUAAUGUUCCCCACACCUACAGGCAAGAUAUAAAAGUUCGAAGUCUCGGGAAUCUUAUUCCAUUUGCUUCUCAGCUUCUUCCCCUUAUCUGAGAGAAAAAUGAGCGGACUCGUGAGUAUAGCUGGCAGAAUCCUUUUAGCAAAAAUUAAUAUAUUUAGGUGAGGUUGUGAAUUGUCUUUGUAAGGGUGGAAAUUCAUAGCAGGUGGGGAUUCACCGCAAGCUAGCAUCUCUUGGAAGGAGACAGGGACCUUUACUUCACAUUUCUUCACAUUUUACUUUACAUUUUGUGAAUUUUGAAAGAACUUGCUUUGGUUUUGAAUGAACUCAUUUCUGUAACUACAGAACGAUUUUCUGACAGCAAAGUAGGAUUAUAUUGUUACACACCACACCUGGGUUCAGAUUCCUUGGAAAGAAGGUCAGCAGAGACUGUGAUGUCUUUAGCAUAUUUGGUUUUAUUUACACAUCUGUACAGCGUGAGCAUAGGAUGGAGGGACUCAUAGCAUCAGCACCCCAACAGAUCUUGCUUCUCCAUGAGUCACAGCUUUGGAUUCAGCACAGAGCAAGCAGGUCUCUGUGUCUCCAGGCUGCUUCCAACUCAGUUCUGUCACACACUCUCUGGCUACUGUGCUCCUACCUAGCAGCUAGGUGAGCAGGUGAAGGACAGGCCCACUCUUCAGCCUAGAGGCCCACCAUCACUUGUUGUAGUUCUUGCAACCUGGCUCAUUCUUUUGGGAUGCUGAUGAGGACACUUAAGUGGCCAGCUGAGGUCGCCGGCUUCCUCAAAAACUUGCCUGUCUAGCUCAGCAGCAGAAUCCCCUAUUGACCCUAACCCUCACUGUAUACAGGCCCCCAUGUUUGGAAGGGACUCGGGGCACUGACCCCCUCAAACCCACAACACAAUCAAAACUUUGAACGUCAUGGAUGUUUAAACUGAAAAUAUGACAUGUCUCUUGCAGGGUACAGGAGAUCUGAGAUCCAGAGAAGGAUAAGAGAGGAUCCUGAGACUGGGGCGGGGGGGGGGGGGAGCUCUUCCACAGGCAACCUUCAAUUUGGUGUGUUAUUCCAAGGCCUGUGGAGGUUCAUAGUAUGGCAAAUUGGAGCAGGGCAUUCUGCGUGGUGGCCCCCUGACUGGGGAAUGGACUUCCACCCACUGAGGGGCAACAGGCACCUUCCUUUGCUGAGCUGCCACUGGCUGUUGAGAACUCAGGCUUACUCCAGCCUCUGAUGCCAGCUGAAUGAUUCCUAGCUACUGAAAUCAUGAUGUGUUGCCUUUACUAGACUGCUUUGAUUGGAUGUAGCAUUCCUGUUUUGCACUGAAUUCCUUGAUUGUACACUGCCUGGGUAAUAUUUUGAUGAGAGGCAGUUCACAAAUAUUUUAAAUAAAAAGCCAAAAAGUGAGGCAUGUCUUGGGUAGAUUCUCUGAAGGCCCUGCAGGGGUCAUUCAGUGACCCCCCCCCCAUUGGACUGGUGGGAACAAAACGCAGCCUCUUUGUGGGAGUUGGGAAGAAUAGAGCUUCUUGUUCUCCUCUUCAUUCCUUGGGGAAAUCCCAUUCCUCUUCUAAUACCAGCAUGGGGCACUGGUAAUAUUGCUCUCCCAGGGCAUUGACAAUCCCUGAAUGCCACAGGGAAGCUGACCAUGUAUGGAAUUGUUGUGCAUUCACUUGUGGUGCUGGGAGCUUCAUGUGAAAAGGAUCUAGGAGUCUUGGUUGACCACAAACUUGACAUGAGCCAACAGUGUGACGCGGCAGCUAAAAAAGCCAAUGCAAUUCUGGGAUGCAUCAAUAGGAGUAUAGUAUCUAGAUCAAGGGAAGUAAUAGUGCCACUGUAUUCUGCUCUGGUCAGACCUCACCUGGAGUACUGUGUCCAGUUCUGGGCACCACAGUUCAAGAAGGACACUGACAAACUGGAAUGUGUCCAGAGGAGGGCAACCAAAAUGGUCAAAGGCCUGGAAACGAUGCCUUAUGAGGAACGGCUAAGGGAGCUGGGCAUGUUUAGCCUGGAGAAGAGGAGGCGAAGGGGUGAUAUGAUAGCCAUGUUCAAAUAUAUAAAAGGAUGUCACGUAGAGGAGGGAGAAAGGUUGUUUUCUGCUGCUCCAGAGAAGCGGACACGGAGCAAUGGAUCCAAACUACAAGAAAGAAGAUUCCACCUAAACAUUAGGAAGAACUUCCUGACAGUAAGAGCUGUUCGACAGUGGAAUUUGCUGCCAAGGAGUGUGGUGGAGUCUCCUUCUUUGGAGGUCUUUAAGCAGAGGCUUGACAACCAUAUGUCAGGAGUGCUCUGAUGAUGUUUCCUGCUUGGCAGGGGGUUGGACUCGAUGGCCCUUGUGGUCUCUUCCAACUCUAUGAUUCUAUGAUUCUAAGGUAGCAGAAGGUUCAAAGCUACCCACCCACAUUGACUUCACUGCCAUUAGCCCAAAAUCAAACCAUUGCUUCCCAAAGUGGGUGGUAGUGUCUGGGGGGGGGGGUUACCUAGGGGGGUGCAAAGAGGCAAGGGGCUGGCAGAGGAUUCCUGGAGAUGUUAGUGACUCUUAGACUUUGAAAAGUUGGUUAUCACUGGGUCUAGUUCAUCCAUUUUGUUGAAUUAACUAAAUAAUUUUAAUUGACUUCUGAACAAAUGUGCCAUUAAUUGUGUCUGUUUUGAAUUCUAUUGUGUUAUUACCUUCCUCAGGGUAGGGUAGGGGGCCUUGGGAAUGAGGUUAUGGAACCAAGGGGGCAGUGACCCCUAAAACUUUGGGAACUACUGCUUUAAAUGGAGCCACUUCCAACUGUGAGUUUGCUGUCCUAUUUUAUCUUGAUGGACAAUAUCUUCCCCCUCCCACUUUUAUUUCAACAGGCUGUAUUAAUCGCUGUUCUGGGGGUCUUCUGGAGCCCAGCUUUUGCCACUUUCCAGGUAAACAGAAUCAUCUCUUUUUCACCAUGGCAACACUUCAAAUGACGUAACCAUUGUGGUGGUAUUUACUAUACUGGGGCUGUCGUUUUAUUUAUCCCACUGCAUGUAUGCCCUACACAACACCAGCAUGCAAAAGUGAGCAGAACCCCUAAAAUACUGUGAAAAGUGGGACUGGCAGAAAUGAAGCAAAACGUAAACAGAUAAGAUAGAAGUACUGGUGGAUUUGCACAUCUAAGAAUUGCACCUUAUUUUGGACAGGGUUGUAUCCUGCCCCUCUGAAAACACAGGCACACAGUUUGGAGGCUCUCAGUUUGUUAGCAGAGAAUGGCAGUUAGAACAUAUUACUCUGGUAUUGUUCAUUUUGCAUUGAUGAUCUGUUAGCUUCAGAGCCCAGUUGAAGAUAUUGUUUAUUUAUACCCCUAAACUGGUAUAAACUGGAUGUGGGUGGCGCUGUGGUCUAAACCACUGAGCCUAGGGCUUGCUGAUCGGAAGGUCGGCGGUUCGAAUCCCCGCAAUAGGGUGAGCUCCUGUUGCUCGGUCCCUGCUGCUGCCCACCUAGCAGUUCAAAAGCACAUCAAAGUGCAAGUAGAUAAAUAGGUACCACUCCAGCGGGACGGUAAACGGCGUUUACAUGCGCUGCUCUGGUUCGCCAGAAGCAGCUUAGUCAUGCUGGCCACAUGACCCAGAAAAAUUGUCUGCAGACAGGACUUCCGGGGUGGCGCCUCCGGAAAAUGGCGGAAUUCCCUUCGGACUGAAGGGAACCCGCUGCACGGAGGCUUGGGUCCUGCCGCUAUGGCGCAGCGGGGACCCGCAAAAACCACAGGCGGAAGAAGCCUGUGGACGUGGGACUCGGCGGGCACCGAGAGCGCUCUCCCCUGGUACAGGAGCCCGGCAACGGGCCCGGAGUGGGAGGUGCGUGGUGCUGUGAGUCGACUGCUUCCUCCGUGCAGCAAAGCCGCACUGCCGUUAUCGGAGAGCGCUGCCUUUUCCUGGACAAUUUGGCAUCUAAAAUAUCUAUCCGUGAGUACCUGAUCUUGGAAGAGUUGAACCACUUUUAAGACUGGUGAAUAAACAAAUAAUAUUGGACUUGAAAUUGAACUUAAUUGGGACUCGGAAUGGGAAGGUCUAAACAGGAAGUCGCCUUCCGUUCUUUUGUUAUGUGAAGAAAGCAAAGACAAAAUAUACUAAAGCUUGAAAAUUAAAUUCUAAGAGAACUAGAAUUCAACAUCUAAGAUUUCUGAACCCCCUUGACUGCAGGAGAAGAAGGGGGUUGUAUUUGACUUUUCAAUGCUGCGGAAGUGAGUUUAAAAUAAAGCAAUUUUCCACCGCCCUGAACCAGGAGCGGGCUGUCAGAAUUGACGUUCUGAAGUUUAUCCAGCUCGACAGUUAGUUAAAAGAAGGGUAACAUUUUGAUUCUACUGUUGCCUCUUGAAUUUGGAAGGGGGAAUUUUGGAUAAAGUGUUUCUGGAAAAGAAAGAUUGUUGCUGUUGCUUUUAUUCCUUUAAAAAAAAAAAAUUUCCAUCUAGUGGAAUUUAGUGAAAUUGCAACGCAGAGAGAUUAAAAGAGAAGGACUAUUGGACUAUUGUCGUGGGAAAGAAUUUUCUUUGACCUUGAAGGACAAUGCUAGUACAAAGGCUUGAACAAUUGUUCCUGGAAGGUUUUUCAAAACUAAGUGCCCAGCUGGACCAGAUGCGUCAGGAGACGACCUUGAUGAUGGAAGUUACCAGAGCACAGCAGCAAACAAAUGAAAUUCAGUUAAAGGCUAUACAAGCAUAUGAACCUGCUGUAGUGACGGAGGCUUCAGAGAUGGAGGGACCUUUGGACGGGCAAGAUCAGCCUUUGAACUUGAUAAAUGAACUUGGGACAAACCAGAUUCGGAAAGAUGAAAUGUGGUCAGAUUUGGAAAUGGGGGAUGGAUCGACCCCUCCAUAUGGUUAUUUGGACCUUCCGAGUCUGGUGAUGGGCUAUCAGAGGAUUGGAGUAGCCGAAGUCUCCAAGCUUUGUGGAAAUUUGAAGUGGUAUUAUUUGCUGUCUGGCUUGGGCAAUGGGUUUGGGAUGGACUUGCUGCAAAGGGUCAAAAGCAUUUUCUUGCUGGAGCAUCCACGACUGGAAAGGAAUCAUCAACAAGAGUGGCGAAAGGGGCAAGAAAGAGACUUGAGGGCCUCGGAUACGAGACAACCAGGUUAAGGAGCCGGAUUAUCGAGGUUAAAAGGACUGACAAUCCCGGGUCCAGGGGAGGGGAGGUUGGAAGCUGACUGGACUGAAUUUGACUUAUUAUUUUUUCUUUUUAUUUUUUAAUAUUGGGAAUGCUUACAAAUGUUUGAAGGAUGUUGAAUGAAAUUACAUGGCUUAAGUAAGGAUUGGUAAAUGAUUCGUAAAAAGGUAAUGAUGCAAGAAUUUGGUAAAUAUUGAAUAUAAGCUAUGAGUUUUAAAGUUUUUAUAUGACAAGAGGGAAAAUAGAAUAAGGAAACGUAAUGACAGAUUGUUAUGAAAAAACAGAAAGGAUUUGCUGUAAAAAUUAAAAAUUAAGAAACAAAAGAGGGGAGGAGGAGGAAGUCUAGAAAGGAAGUCAAUAGAGAUUGUAAAGGACUUUAUAUUUUUGUUUUUCUGUUUCUCUUUUUUUUUCUUUGCGGCUGGGUUUUCUUUUCUUUUUUGUUUAUGUACUAUUUUUGUUUUUUGUAUCCCCCAAAAUUUUUUUUUGGAAAUUUUUGUUGUUAUUCUUUGAAAAUUUAAUAAAUAUCAAUUAUAAAAAAAAAAAAUGAAAUUGGAAAAGUGCAAGUAUGUGCCUUCUAACUACUUGAAGAUGGCCAAGAAAUCUCACCUUGUCAACUGCCAUACCAUCUACAGGCAAAUAAUAUUAUAUCCAUGUUGAAUAUUUGUUAUUUCUUUGCCAGAAUAUUAAUCAGGGAUUGGCAGCAAAUUUACAGAAUUAAAAUAAAGGCUUUUUAAAGUAAAAAAAAAAUAAAAAAAAAAAAAUUGUCUGCAGACAAACGCCAGCUCCCUCGGCCAGUAAAGUGAGAAGAGUGCCACAACCCCAGAGUCGUUUGCGACUGGACUUAAUGUUCAGGGGUCCCUUUACCUUUAAACUGGGAAUCAGCUCCCUUGAGGUUCAGCAUCGAAGCUCCUGUCACAUGGGCAAGUGCCUACCUCCACAGUAAUGGUAGUGCCAACACUGUGGCAUGCCUCUGCAGUGGGGACCCUCUGCCUCCCAAUACUGGGUGCUGUUAGAAGUCAGUUUAAAACCUGACCCUUUCAAGGAUCUGUUGGUUGCUUCCCGAUGCUGCAAAGAGAUCAUUGCCCCCACUGUGCUUAUUAUUUGUGUUUUUCAUUUUUGCUCCAGUUUUUCAUGCAUUUGAUGGGGUUUUUUCCUGCUGCUGUGUACUUUGGCAUACUGCCUAAUAAUGGGGUUCUUUUAAAUGAUUAUCUCAUUAGUCACUUUGAUUUUUUAAAAGAAAGUUUAAGUGAAUUACACUUUUUUAAAUAUAUAUACUUAAAGCACCCUUACUUAUGUCAUACUUCACAACAAGGAAUAUGUAAAAAAUAAUAACAACAAUUUGGGGGGCUAUAUUUACUCUCAGGUCUACAGAAUCCCAAGCUACAAUGGUGAUUAUGUCCAGCAGACCGUGUCCAUAGAUAAUGAGAAUCAAGUGGCCAACAUCCACGUCUAUGGAGGACUCUGCUCUUCAGAUACCAUUUUUGACUACAAGCAUGUAAGUCUACCUGUUUGUGUCUCACUACAAUCUUCUGGGGUCCUCUGCAAAAGAGACUCAGGUGACAGAGGGUGGAUCUGAAGGCAGGUGGAGCCACCAUCUACCUUGUUGCAGCAAUGGAGGUCUGGGACUGGUCAGCGCCUGGUUGGGAGACUACCUUGGAAAAACAGGAAUUCUGCCUUGGGUUCAUUUGUGGAAGAAAAGUGGGCUUAACAACACAGGAAAGAAAGAAAUCACACCAGGAAUAACCAAAAUUUUAGGCAGAAACUUUUUUUUAAUCAGCUGCAUUCCAUCCAUCCAUCCAUCCAAUAUCAUCCAUUUAAAAUAAACUUAUUUUGGGGUGAUCACAGACAUUGUAAAGGGUGAUAGCAAUGGCUAGCACCCGUCAGUCACUUUCUGAGGAAUUUGUUUCCAGAGCAGUCAAAUUCAUCCGUGCUUUUCAUGAAUGGCUUUCUUCGCUCCGUAAAAUAAGUCAGCUUGACAUUCAACAUACAGAUUGGUUUUCUGGCAAGAAUGAAGAACUCGUUGAGACUAUCCAAUUUUGACACAAUAGGAGGAGUUAGGUUAGUGACUCAAAAUCCACUUUUACAAGUGACAGAGUUAGGCCCCUUUGUUCACCAAUGCAGGCAUUUUCCUGAAUUUGUUCUCACGCAGUUUGUAACGGAGAAGAUGGUUGUUUAUUUUCUUUUUAAAAAAUCGGGUUCAUACAAAAUGUGGCUUCAGACAAAUGUAUCAUUAGUCGCCUGUCAUUACCUUUGAAAUUAUUAAUGCAUUUCGGCAAGUCUUUAUUGCCACUAAAAGUAAAAAUGCUACAAAAUGAGGUUGAAUAAUCAGUUGCAGGACAUCCAAAUGUAUUCAGACACCUUUAAUAAAACUGGCCAGUGGCCUCAGAAAGAGUCUUUAUUGUUUACCAUGGGCCUCUAGUUCAGACUGAAAGCCAAUGUCGAUUCCUACCUUGGGGUGGGAGCAAAGAGGGGCCCGGAAGUCCCAGUACCUUAAUCUCAAUUCUUAUUCUCCUUUUGUGAAUGACAGGGAUACAUCGCCACCCGGCUCUUUUCUCGACGGGCCUGCUUUGUCAUGAAAAUGGAAAAAGGCUACAUUCCAGAGCUGGAAGAAGUUGGGCGGCUGGCAUAUGAGAAGCAGGUAACUGCAGAGUUCAUUACAGACAUCUCAGUGUAUAUAUCAUACACUGUACAUGCCUAUUCUGUUUAUGCACUUUGGUUUUUAAAAAAAUAUGUUGUAUUGUCUUUUCCAUGGAUAUAUCCUCUAACAAUAUUUCUCUAACAAUUUUCCAUAUUUCCCCCCCUCCUCCCCUGGACUUCCCUCAUACUCCCACUUUGUUUUAUUUCCAUAUUACUCACCCUGCGUGUUCUUUCCCAAAAUUUUCCCAAUACAUAUAGUCUUACUUUUUUAUAUAUACAAUUGUGUUUGUUUAUUCAAACCCUGCCAGUGAGUCCAAUUCUUUAUGUUGCCUCUUCAUAUAUGUUGUAAAUGGUUCCCAUUCCCUCUGGAAAUGAGUUACUUCAUAAACACGUUCCCUUUUUAGAUGAUGAACAAGAUGAUGUCCUCCAGAAACGUGUGGGUGAAAUAUGAACCCAGUGACUCUUUCUUCGGAGAAAUCAAGGAGUGGCUUGUUUUCGGCAGCUCCAUCGAGAAGCUCUGCAAGAACGUGCCCGUUUACAAAGUUGAAAAAGUUGAGAGUGAGUAUUCACAGUCCAGCCAAACAGCUGCUUCAGUUUGGAAAUGGAACUUCCAGAGUCGUUAAAUGUUGGAAGUGCAGUGGAAAUGCAGAUCAAACUAGACCAAAAGAGCUCCGCAAACUGGAGUGGUAGGUUUUCUGGAUUGGUUACUGAAGAGGUGUAGGAAUGUUCGGGGUGGCAGGAGAGGAUAUAUUGUUUAUUAAUAUCCUUCCUAACUUGUGCUAGGGACGUGGGUGGCGCCUUGGGCUUGCUGAUCAGAAGGUCAGCAGUUUGAAUCCCCGCAAUGGGGUGAGUUCCCAUUGUUCAGUCCCUGCUCCUGCCAACCUAGCAGUUCGAAAGCACGUCAAAGUGCAAGUAGAUAAAUAGGUACCACUCCAGCGGGAAGGUAAAUGGUGUUUCCGUGUGCUGCUCUGGCUUCACCAGAAGCGGCUUAGUCAUGCUGUCCACAUGACCCAGAAAAACUGUCUGCGAACAAAUGCCGGCUCCUUUGGCCAGUAAAGCAAGAUAAGCGCCGCAACCCCAGAGUCGUCCACAACUGGGCUUAAUGGUCAGGGGUCCCUUUACCUUUAACUUGCGUUAGCAAGUUUCUUUGCUUAGCAGAGUUUACAUUCCCCCUCUCAUGCACAGCAGAUAGCUGGUUGCAGGCUUGUGCAAGCCUCUCACUAUUAUACAAUUCAGUCUGUCUCAGAUUGAAUUGCAUAUUCCUGGUAAGUUCCCUUGAAUCCCUCUUAAAAGAAUAAAGACACAACAAUCUUAUUCAAAGUCGAUAAAAGAAGUUUACUUACAUCAGUUCACAGUUGGAUCCCUGAAGGCAGACUUAGUUACAAAUAUGUACAUGGGGAUCUACCCCAUAUGGGGGAAUAAUCCCAGUGCUUCUGCUAGAUGAGAAGCUAGCAGAGCAGUCCUAGAUAAAAGCUGGUCCAACGAAGAGGGAAGAGAGAGAGUGGUGCAUGACUCGUCCUUUUGUUACCUGGACAGGUAAGGUCACGGCCACCUUCUAUCACAUGCAAAGGAAGGAUGUUCCAGCCCAGGAGGAACAGGAAAGUUUUGACUGGCUGGACCAGACAUUCCCCUGCAUGUCUUCUCUAGCAUUACAAGGAAUGUUGUACUUGACUGCUCUCAGUGGAUUACAUCCCACAAGAGGACUAUCUCACUAACUGCCUAAUAGUGCAAUCUUAUCCAAGUCUAUGAAGCUUCACUGAGUUCACAGGGACUUGCUCUCCACCCAGUAAGUGGGUAUAGGAUUGCAGUUUUCAGGUCUCAAAUUUAUUUUUUAUGUUUGUGUGUAAUUUGUUUUUCUUGUCUCCUCCCACCUAGGUGGAUUCCAUGCCGGCGGCUGUGCCAAGGCUGGCAUCCUUGGCAUUCUGGGCAUCUCCAUCUGCGGAAACCUCAACCUGUAGACCUCCUGAGCUGCCUCCCAGUAUUCCAUGCUUUUCCAAGCUUUGCUCCUCCCCGUGAAUUAUCUCACUUUCCUCAGCUUCUUGGGCUUUCUUCUGCUUCCCUUGAAAGCUACAGCCCAACCCAAGACCUGUUAAUAAAGAAAAGCAACUUCCCAACCCUC